AUGGUGAUCUCCAGACCUCCCCCAGCGCUGGGUGGGGACCAGUUCAGGACCUUAAUCCUUCUGGUGCUGCUGACUUCCACAGCUCCCGUCAGUGCUGCCAACAUCCAAGUGUCCCCAGACUGUGGAAAGCCUCAGCAGCUGAACCGGGUCGUGGGAGGAGAGGAUAGCACGGAUGCCCAGUGGCCUUGGGUCGUUAGCAUCCUCAAGAACGGCUCCCACCACUGCGCGGGCUCCCUGCUCACCAACCGUUGGGUGGUCACGGCCGCACACUGCUUUAGGAGCGAUGUGGACAAGCCAUCUCUGUUCUCAGUAUUGUUGGGGGCCUGGAAGCUGGGGAGCCCAGGCCCAAGGUCCCAGAAAGUAGGCAUUGCUUGGGCGCUGCCCCACCCCAGGUAUUCUUGGAAGGAGGGAACUCACGCAGACAUCGCGCUCGUGCGCCUGGAACGCCCCAUCCAGUUCUCCGAGCGGAUCCUGCCCAUCUGCCUGCCCGACUCCUCUGUCCGUCUCCCUCCCAACACCAACUGCUGGAUUGCCGGCUGGGGAAGCAUCAGGGAUGGAGUGCCCCUGCCCCACCCUCAGACCCUUCAGAAGCUGAAGGUGCCCAUCAUCGACUCUGAACUCUGCAAAAGCUUGUACUGGCGGGGAGCCGGCCAGGAAGCCGUCACCGAGGACAUGCUGUGUGCUGGGUACCUGGAAGGGGAGCGGGAUGCCUGUCUGGGAGACUCUGGGGGUCCCCUGAUGUGCCGGGUGGAUGACCACUGGCUACUGACUGGCAUAAUCAGCUGGGGAGAGGGCUGCGCCGAGCGCAACCGGCCCGGUGUGUACACCAGCCUCCUAGCUCACCGCUUCUGGGUGCAAAGGAUCGUGCAAGGGGUGCAGCUGCGCGGGCACUUGGCGGACAGUGGGGCCACGGGAAGUUCCUAAACUGGGAUCUGAAGAUGAGCAGCCUUC